AUGGAAGACGAACAACUUCUUGACUACGAGGAAGAGCAGGAGGAGAUCCAGGACAAGCAAGAGGUCGGCGGAGGCGAUUCCAAGAAAACCAAGGGAACGUAUGCCUCGAUCCACUCGUCCGGAUUCCGCGAUUUCCUUCUGAAGCCGGAAAUUCUCCGCGCCAUCGGAGACUGCGGUUUCGAGCAUCCAUCGGAGGUGCAACACGAGUGCAUUCCUCAAGCCAUUCUCGGCAUGGACGUUGUUUGUCAAGCCAAGUCUGGAAUGGGGAAGACUGCUGUUUUCGUCAUCACCACUCUUCAGCAGCUCGAACCAGUCGAUGGCGAGGUCUCCGUUGUGUGCAUGUGCCACACUCGCGAACUGGCCUUCCAGAUCUCCAAGGAGUACGAGCGCUUCAGCAAGUAUCUCCCGGGAGUCAAGGUUGCCGUCUUCUUCGGAGGAAUGGCCAUCAAGAAAGAUGAGGAGCGUCUCGCCAAUGACUGCCCACACAUUGUCGUCGGAACUCCAGGAAGGAUGCUCGCUUUGGCUCGUUCUGGAAAGCUGAAGCUUGACAAGGUCAAGUACUUCAUUCUCGACGAAUGCGACAAGAUGAUCGGAGAUGCCGAUAUGCGCCGUGACGUUCAAGAAAUCGUCAAGAUGACUCCACAACAGAAGCAAGUGAUGAUGUUCUCCGCCACCUUGCCAAAGGAGCUCCGUGCUGUUUGCAAGCGAUUCAUGCAAGACCCAAUGGAGGUCUACGUCGACGACGAAGCCAAGCUCACACUCCACGGACUUCAACAACAUUACGUCAAGCUGAAGGAAGCCGAAAAGAAUCGCAAGCUGCUGAAUCUUCUUGAUAUCCUGGAGUUCAACCAAGUCGUCAUUUUCGUCAAGGCUGUGAAGCGCUGCGAAGCUCUUCACCAGCUUCUCACCGAGCAGAACUUCCCAUCGAUCGCCAUUCACCGGCAAAUGGCCCAGGAGGAGCGCCUCUCCAGAUAUCAAGCGUUCAAGGACUUCCAGAAGAGAAUCCUUGUCGCCACCGAUUUGUUCGGACGUGGAAUGGAUAUUGAGCGUGUCAACAUCGUCUUCAACUACGACAUGCCAGAAGAUUCGGACUCCUACCUUCACAGAGUCGCUCGUGCUGGACGUUUCGGAACCAAGGGAUUGGCCAUCACAUUCGUUUCGGACGAGAACGACGCCAAGGUUCUCAACAGUGUCCAGGACCGCUUCGACAUCAGCAUCACGGAGCUUCCAGAAAAGGUUGAUGGAGCCACUUACAUCGAAGGAAGAACCAACUGA